AUGGAACAAUUCUGCAAGACAGUUCCUACCUUUCUCACCAAACUGUGGGUAAUAGUCGACGACGCCGUCUUGGAUCAUGUGAUUCGCUGGAGCAAGGAUGGUCAGAGCUUUGAGAUUGUGAAUGAAGAAAACUUUUCUAAUGAAAUACUACCAAAAUACUUCAAGCAUAACAAAAUAGCCAGCUUUAUUCGACAACUCAAUAUGUAUGGUUUCCGAAAGAUUUCACCACAGAGUGAAAAGACUAGUGAGGAUAAGAAAGGUUCUAUGGAAUUUCAGCAUCCACUCUUCAAAAAAGGAGGAGCCUGGCUUCUUGAAAAUAUUAAGCGAAAGGGGCCAACAAUAAAAAUUGACGAUGCCAACCUCUACUCGGAUGAAUUUCAGAAAGUUCUGACUGAAAUGCAAGAGCUUAGAAGCAUGCAGAACGACAUGGAUGCCAGAUAUUCACAAAUGAAACAGGACUAUUCAAACUUACAUCUGGAAAUUACAAACCUAAAAAAGAAGUACUGUGAGCAACAGCAGCUGUUAACACAGGUACUCCAUUUUAUCUUGGAUUUGAUGAAUGGAAAUCAUACAGUCCUAAAUAAGAGGAAAAGGUUACUAUCAUCCAUAUCUGGAGUUUCAGAUUCUGAAUGGGAUCAUCAGUACUUUCAUAUUCCAGAUGACAAAAAGAAAGAAGCUAUGGAGAUAUUAAAAGAUGGUUAUGAACUUAUUGACGACAAAUAUAAAAGUCUUCUCGACAGAGUCUUACCAAUGUUGAAAGAAUCCAAAAACUCAACUUCAUCUGUAUACCAGCCAAAUGAAGAUGAUGGAAAAGACCCUAACGUCCCAGCUUCUGAUAUACUUGUGAAUGAAGAUUCACUGACCCUUCAAUUCGAUUUGACCAUACCGUUUUCUCAAGAAAAAAUAAUUGACGAAUCCUUUGAACAGGAACCUGAGGAUAUUAAUUUGGAAUCAGUGCUUUCUUCUCAGGAUUCAGUUUUGAUGGAAGAUACAUCAGACACUCUGUGUAACAAUAUAAUUAACAGUGAUGAAGCGCAUAUGCAUCAUGCGGAAGAGGACAUGCUAGAGCUAAAUUCAUUAUUAUCUGAGAAUACAGUGGACUUUGGCUUUAAUAAUUUCAGUGAGAGUCUAAGUCUCAUGAAUAACGAAGGAAAAGGAAGUCUGCUUGAAGCCAGUGUGGAAAAAGACAAACAUGUGGAACAAGGUGUGGAAAACUCCCAGCUUUUACUAUUAGAUGGGACAUCAAUAUGUAAUUUUGGAGAAGAUCUUCAAGAUUCUGGUGACCUCGUUUUGGAUAAUCUGAAGAACCCACCUAAUGUCUUAACAGCUUUAUGUGAUCAUGACUAUAUAUCCUUCAAUAUUUCCACUACACAAGAAGAUACUGCAAACACCAUUGAAAAUGUUGUUCCCCAGUUAUCUAUGGAAGCCGGUGGGGAAUCCAAUGUAUUCCCAUUUUUCUUUCUCAAUCCUGUUACUAAUAUUUUUUGA